AUGCGACUUUAUGCAAUCGUCAUCCAGAUUGUGGCAGCCGAAGCAGCUUUGGAAAACUGCCCAAUGCAAGCAGUACGUUCCAUCAUUGUUCGAGCGACCGAUGUAACCAAAGAUCCAGCCAUCCAGAUGCAGAUGAUUCGUCGAAUUAUUGAAGAUUUGUAUGGAGGAGCAUGGGGUGUUCUUAUCAUACGAAAUCCUUCUCUAGUUUCCAACGAGGUACAUUGGACAAUUCCCGAUCUGAACAACAUCGACGGCACUCCAGCUUUCUGUUUGGCUGUAGUGAAGGGAUGGCAGUACAACGUAUUCAAAGCAGGGGCAAGAGAUCAACACGACAGACUAACCGUUGAAGAUUUGGUGAAGAAGUGA